AUGGGAUAUAAGAUAUAUUCUAACUCUGACUUAGUUCAAACAGUAACAUGGGCAAACUAUGAAUGGUUCGCUUUGAGAAACUCAGUACAACCACAAGCUAGAGAACAAACAGACCAGUAUGCAACUAUUGAGAAAAUAAGAAGACUUGACCCUAACGUUCCAGGAGUUUAUGUUAACCUUUCUGGACAAACUGCAGCAGCAGUAACCAAAGUAAAACUGAAACUUAGAGUUCCUUUGUCAUCUUUCCUCAUCUUCAGGUUUUUAAGAUACUUGCCAAACUGGGCAGGAAAAAUUUCUAUCGAACUUACUCCAAGCAAAAAUAACUUAGUCAUUGCACCAACACAAGACCCAUUCAGCAUUACAGACGUAAAGGGAACAAAUCAAACGUCAUUCGCCGAAUUUUGCAAAGACAAAGUUGACUUAGACUUUGGUUUCUCAAACUUCAACACUGAAGUAAACUAUUAUUUCAAUGCUGCUGGAGAUGCUUGGGACCCAGUUAAGUUCACAUGCGAAAAAUUUGAAUGCAAGAGAAUAGAAAGCAGACUUGCCGUUUAUAUGUUGGACCCAGAUAUUUCAAAUGCUUUAGCUGCCAAAUAUAUUGCAGUUCCACUUAUGUUCCCUAUACACCAAAUAUCUGUCAAAGACUUUGCAGGUGAAGUUGGAAACCAAAGUGCUGACCCAGGUGCAAGAACAGAUAUUGCUUUAACAACUGCAAUGAAACAUGCAGAUACUAUGUUUGUACUGUUCAGACGAACUAUAAAUGACUAUUCUUGUUUCUACAACCCUGGUAUUAAAUAUCAUAUAAACAUAGAUGGCAAAUAUUAUCCAAGAGAAGAAUAUUCUACAGUUGAGGAUAUGAGGUCAUACAACUUGA